AUGAGUAGCCAUCACCGUCAACGCUACCACAACAGAAGGGGUCCAGAAGAUCCAUGUGAAGUACGAGCCAAGUUCGUGACCAAGGAUCUCCACGAGAAGAAUGAGACUCGAUUCCUAGAGGUAGUUCAAACAGCGUGUCAAAUCCACGAUAAUCUGGUUGAUUUGAGCACUUCCAUUAAGCAGACCAUGGACGAGACAUACGGACCGACGUGGCAUGUCGUGGUAGGACCAAACUUUGCCAGUCAUAUUAUGCACGAGAAGAGAGCUUUCGCCCAUAUCAAGUGCAACAACCUCUCGUUUCUCAUCUACAAAUAUGGCUGA